AUGAUGCUGUUGAAGCUUCCAGGUAAAAUCGUCAAGAAGUUUGUUUGCAGUUUGUUUAUGUGGGCGAUUCUGUCGACGGUGGUGACUGAAUGGCUCGGUGCGCAAAAAUACCGCUCUUCUCCAUACUCUCAACUUUACCACCUUAACCAAGAUACCAUACAAAGAAACUCGUUAACCGAUGCGGAUGUGAUAUUUGUGACUGCGCAUCCAGACGACGAGUCCAUGUUCUUCAGCCCAACGAUCGUCGAGCUGGCCAAACCAGACUACAACAACGCGCUCCACCUGGUUUGUUUUUCAAACGGCAAUUAUGAUGGCUUAGGAUCCAUUAGAGAACACGAACUCACACGUGCAGCGCAAAUUUUGGGAUUCCAGAGUUUCGAGAUCCUCGACUACACCGACGACAUCACCAAAGGUUGGGACUCUACGGCCAUAGCGUCCAGUCUGGUGAGCCAGCUCAAGAGCCUUCCUUUGUCUAAGCCUAAAAAGAUACUCAUCACAUUUGACGAGGAAGGAGUCUCGGGCCAUAUUAACCACAAGUCGCUGUUUGAUGGCGUGGAAGCGUACUCGAGAAAACACAGCAUUCGCUCGUUUAAACUGAGAUCGUGGUCCGUGUUCACCAAAUACAGUUUUUUCAUCGUCACGAAUCUGGAACUUGUGGCCAGAUUCAUUAAAAAAAGUGCAUUGACGUUGAAAUAUCUGCCGCAGCUGACCAAAGUGCUUCCUAACGAGGAGUCCACCAUUAAAAUAUACGCAAACUUCAACUCGUGGUUCCUCAACCUUGCUACCAUGACCUAUGCUCAUUACUCCCAAAUCGUGUGGUACAGAUGGCUAUGGAUAUUCUUCAGCAGAUACAUGAACUGCAACGAGCUCGAGAUAGUUACAUAA